AUGGCAUUUCAAGCUACUGCUACGAGAAGGCUGAUGACGGAGUACAAGCAGCUGUCUACGCAGUCGCUAGAUGAUUCCAUGUUCACCGCUGGCCCUGUAAACGAAGAUAAUUUGUUCGAAUGGGAGGCCUUGAUACAGGGGCCUGAUGAGACGCCAUUCGAAGGUGGUGUAUUCGCUGCUAGCCUAUCUUUCCCUAAAGACUACCCAUUAGCGCCGUUCAAGAUGAAGUUCACGCCACCCAUUUUCCAUCCAAAUGUUUACGAGGAUGGAAACGUAUGCAUAUCCAUUCUGCAUCCCCCUGGAGACGAUCCUUUGAUGUAUGAGCGCUCUUCUGAGCGUUGGUCGCCGGUGCAGUCUGUCGAAAAGGUCCUUCUUAGCGUCAUAAGUAUGCUCGCUGAGCCUAACAUUGAAUCACCAGCGAACAUAGAUUGCGCUAAGCUGUUCCGCGUCGAUAGAAGCACUUAUGACAACAAAGUCAGACAAUCAGUCGUCGAUAUGUUGGGUAUUGAUCAAUCAGACAUUACAAGCUAG